CAGGGGGCGCUGUAGCCAAACAGGCAUACUACUUUCGCCGGAGCGUUUAAACUUUUACCGGAAGUCCUUUCGGUCUCUUCUUCCAGGCCGAUCCAACAUGGGACGAGUCAGGACCAAGACGGUGAAAAAGGCCGCCAGAGUCAUCAUCGAGAAGUACUACACUCGGCUCGGAAACGACUUCCACACCAACAAGAGGGUGUGCGAGGAGAUUGCCAUCAUCCCCAGCAAAAAGCUCCGCAACAAGAUCGCCGGAUAUGUGACACAUCUGAUGAAGAGGAUCCAGAGGGGUCCGGUCAGAGGAAUCUCCAUCAAGCUGCAGGAGGAGGAGAGGGAGAGGAGGGACAACUAUGUCCCUGAGGUGUCUGCUCUGGACCAGGAGCUGAUCGAGGUUGAUCCUGACACCAAGGAGAUGCUGAAGCUGCUGGACUUCGGCAGUCUGUCCAACCUGCAGGUCACCCAGCCCACCGUCGGCAUGAACUUCAAGCAGCCCCGAGGAGUCUGAACGUCUUAUCUUCUAAUAAAACCCGUUUGGGACAAAAAGCUUCUGCUUUCUGCGUUUCUGUUCCACAAACGGGCUUUAACUUGUUUUUUAUUUAAUGAACCGUAGGCUUGUGGGCAUCAAAGGACAAUAAAACCCUAUAGUCUGAUCAUUUA